CUCCACAAGCGCACAAUAGCACAAUAGCACCUACCCCAAACAAGGUGUUUGCUCUCUCUCUCUCUCUCUCUCUCUCGCGAUCAUUUCCAGCAAAAUCUCUCCUUCCGGUUUCUGAACCAAUUUGUCUGCUCCUAAAAUGUCGAAUACUUUGCGAUUGUACUUGACGUGUAUAAGGAACACUCUCGAUGCCGCAAUGUGCCUUCAGAAUUUUCCUUGUCAAGAAGUUGAAAGGCAUAACAAGCCGGAAGUUGAGCUAAAGACCAGCUCAGAACUUCUGCUAAAUCCUGUUUUGAUAUGUCGAAAUGAGGCUGAAAAAUGCUUAAUUGAGACAUCUAUUAAUUCCCUUCGCAUAAGCCUCAAGGUAAAGCAGGCAGAUGAACUUGAAAAUAUACUAACUAAAAAAUUUCUUAGAUUUUUAUCGAUGAGGGCAGAAGCAUUCCAGGUAUUGAGGAGAAAGCCAGUGCAGGGUUAUGAUAUUAGUUUUCUUAUAACAAAUUACCAUUGCGAGGAGAUGCAGAAGCACAAGCUCAUUGAUUUUAUUGUACAGUUCAUGGAGGACAUUGAUAAAGAGAUAAGUGAAUUAAAGAUGUCAGUGAACACACGGGGGAGGCUGGUGGCCACAGAGUUUUUGAAACAAUUUAUACGUCCCACCAUGUUUAAUGAACCACUAGUGUAAUGGCUGAAAGAUCAGCAUUCUCCUCAUGAAGCCUUUCUUCAAAGACUCGUCGUUUCUGAAAUUCUUCAUAACUCGGUAGGUAGCUUUGGUUUGCAGAAAUGGAGGAAGUUUAUAGAUGAAAAGUCUAGUAUAUGCACAACUUUGGAAAUGAGUUA